AUGGGAAACACAGAGCCUUACCUCUACCUGUUCCAACGCUUACCCACUUAUGAUCGCUGGUUCUUUGUUAAGAAAACCCUAAUUACCGACGGAUGUAUUAAGGAUGAUGAGUUAAGCUUAUCACCGAUAGCACCAUCUUCCUCUGCUCCAGCCAAGGCAUCCACUGUAGCCGUCGGUUUCGAAAUCUACCAAAUAGGCGGAACCAUCAACGACGAUAAGCGGCCUUCCUCGGCCGUUCAUGUGUUUGAUUGUCGGACUCACACGUGGCGUGAUGCUCCUAACAUGACGGUGCCAAGGAAACGCGCAAAGUCUGCUUUUAUAGACGGCAAGAUAUUUGUUAUUGGAGGAAUAGAGAAGGAAUUAUCCUCCAUGAACUGGGCUGAGGUUUUCGAUCCAAAGACUCAGACUUGGAAGCCAUUGCCUAGCCCUUGUGAUGACGCUAAAGUUCAGCUUUGUAGAGGAAAACUAUACGUUAAUAGUGAUCUUAAAAGUGUUUUGGGGAAAAAGUUCAUGUGGUAUGAUUCAGAGCGUAGAAAAUGGUUCAUGGUUGAGGGUUUGGAAGAUCUGUAUACCAAGUGUGUUAUUUACUAUCGUAGACUCCGGUUAGCUAACUAUGGUGGGAAACUCGUAAUUCUAUGGGACUUGCCCGUUCAGGUGCCUGAAGGGAAGAUGCGAAAAUGUUACUGCCAAAAAAACAAGAAGAUAAUUUGGUGUGCCGUGAUAAAGUUGAAGAAGCGCAUCGGCUUUUCUGGAUUAGAGAUUUGGGGGGAGAUUGAACAGUCCAAUGCUGUGCUUACACUCCACAGCUCAUUUAAGUUCUUGAGCUGUAGCACCGUUUGA